AUGUUCAGACUGAGCGGCUUUUUCAGCGCAGUUCGGAACACUGUUUGGAGCAGCGCACGCGUCAUGGCCAAAGGAAAGUUUUACUACGCGGUGAGGAAAGGAUUCAAGCCUGGCGUCUACAAAACAUGGGACGACUGUAAAUCGCAGGUGGAGAAGUUUCCUGCUGCGGUCUUUAAAAAGUUCCCCACAGAGAAAGAUGCCUGGGCCUUUGUGCGAGGAGAGAACCCUGUGGUCUGUCCCCCAAAGCCACAGACUGUCCCAGACCUGGAGCCCCCCCCUAUUCUGCCCAGACGUGGCCCUGAGCCCCUGCAGUACAUCCCCCUGGGCCCAAAGAGGUGCCACAGCCCAGAGGAGGAGCACGAGACGAGGAGCAAACGAACAAAGAUGGAGCAGAACGAGACCAAGCUAACCGCAGCGGCUAGCAGCUCCAGCAGCUCUGACGGCUUCACCUACAUGGGGGACAGCGUGGUGGUCUACACUGACGGCUGCUGCACGGCCAAUGGGAAGGCUUCAGCUCGUGCCGGAAUCGGGGUCUACUGGGGACCACAUCACCCUCUGAAUGUGGCGGAGCGACUGGAAGGACGACAGACCAAUCAGAGAGCAGAGAUCCAGGCGGCCUGCAGAGCUCUGGAACUGGCCAAAGUCAACAACAUAAAAAAACUGGUGCUUUACACAGACAGCAAGUUCACCAUCAACGGAGUGACCAGUUGGGUGAAGAGCUGGCGGCUGAACGGCUGGAGACUCAAAUCUGGAGGACAAAUCAUCAACAAAGAAGAUUUCAUCAAACUGGACCAACUCAACUCAGAGCUACAUGUCACAUGGCUGCACAUCCCUGGACACGCUGGUUACCACGGCAACGAGGAGGCGGACCGUCUGUCGCGAGAGGGCGCGGCCAAACGCGCGGCCGCAGAGCUCUGA